AUGGCUUGCGACAAUCGACCUCCAGGGUGGAACAAAUAUAUCAGUGAGAGAUGGCACCUAUCCCAAUAUGGGUCCCAGCUCAAGGAUGGGGCCCAAUUUGAACCCCUCGAAGGAAACAGCAAGGCCGGACUCAAGCUUGAUGCUGUGAUGGCAGACUAUAGGAUCAACGAGGCCCUACGGAGGCUCGAAUAUGUCCCUACCAGCCCCUCCCUUCGACCUGUCCCCGGUACCGAAUGGAGUCUUGUACGGCUCCAGCCCGAGGAAGAUUACCUUACAUUGGAAUCGCCCCAGGGCUCAGAUGAAGGCCCGGUCUGGGAUAUCAGUCCAACACCUUCAUGGGAAACGAAAUUAUCCCCUCAAGCGCACUUUUUGUUGAUGACCAAGGACUACAAGGGUCCAAAAUCUGUGUCAACGGCCAUAAUCAAGCGAAGAUCUCCAAAGAUUAAUGCAAAGAAGACUCGAGGACGAAUACAAAAAGUGUCUUGCAAGCGCAAGCAUCCAAUGCUAACCCGAGCCGCUGCCCGUCAGAAGUCCGGGCAAAGUAAGCGGCUCUACGACCUCAAUCGACCGCCAUCAAUGGCAGAAUUAAACGCCACUGAGAACUGA